UGUUUUUGCGCAAAUUCAAAUUAAAUUGUAGCGAAAUUGUUAAGCAAACAGUAUAUAAAAAAAAAAAACGGGUUAUAAAUGACUACACCUGCACCGCGCCGCACUAGAGAUUUGUUGACAUUUGCUGCGGAGUCCGACGAUGAAUUCAGUAUUACGCCCUGCAAGCCCGGAAAAACAAAGGACGCGGCUCAAAUUGUAACCAGAAAAUUUGAUAAUUAUAGCAACAAUGGCAACAAGGAGAAUAUGGUACAACAAGGUCCAAGGCCAAAUGGAAACGGACAAGCAUCCGCCGUCUACAAUAUGCUACCCCGACGACGCUCGGAGAUGACAAUGUUGGACUCGGACAGCGACGAGGAGGACAGCAAGAGCAACCACAAUUUGAACUGCGCCAUUCUGAACGACUCCUUUGUGCUGAGUCCUGUGCACGAACUCACUGGCAACACCUCAAGUGAGCCCUUCAUUGCGGGUGUUCCACUGAAGGCAAAUGAAUCCAAUUUGUCGUUUCUUGGUCGCUUUGGCAACAUGGGCAUUGACUGUAGCAGCAGUGUAAGCACCAAUAAGCAAUCACCGCAUCUGCAAGGAGAACAAAAGCUUCCGAAUAAGAAACCAGCAGCACCACCAUCAAUGCAGAUUAUAUCGGAGCAUCGCAAAGCUUUGGAAAGUCAAACACCAUUGCGUACUGCACCAGCGGCUGCUUUAAAAUCCCACGCCAAGCCCGAGACAGAAUUCGUGACUCCACAGGUGGGCAGCAUUGGCGGAAGACAAGGAACGCGCACGCAAACCACCCAAAAGAAUCGCAAUGAUGUGGCAAAUGAGUUUCGCUCCCAAAAGGUGCUCUUCCAGACGCCCAUGACAGUCAGUCGCUCUGCGCCCUUCACCAGCGACAGUCUGACCUUCUCCCUGUGCGACACCAUCAGCGAGAGUCCCGAUACACCCGCUCAACCGUCGACAAAAGAAUUGCCGCCCAGUGGCAAAUCGAAAAAGUCACUGGACGGUGCAUUUCGUCAAACUGAGCAGCAGAUGAAGUCCACAGUGCCUGAAAUGCCGCUAUCCGUGCCAUUGCCUGUUUCUGCAGUUACAACAGUCGAUAAGCCGGACAAUGCAUCCAAAUCGAAUGCCAAUGUGCUACAAAUCAAGAACCAUGAGUAUCUUAUAAUUAAAAAGCUUGGCUGCGGCGGCUCCAGCUCUGUCUUCUUGGCACGUCGUAAGGAUACGGGCCAGGAGUUUGCUUUGAAAGUGGUUGAUCUACAGGCCGAUCCUGUGGUGGUGCAGGGCUACCUCAAUGAAACCAAACUGCUCGAGAAACUCCAAGGCAACGUUUGUGUUGUUUCCCUCUACGACUAUCAAUUGUUGCGUCAGGAAUCCAAGCUGUACAUGGUGAUGGAAAAGGGCGACUGUGAUUUGAACAAGAUCUUGCAAGGAUUCACAACUAAUCUGCCACUAUAUAAUCUGAUGAACAUACUCUAUCAAAUGCUGCAGGCAGUCAAUUAUAUACACCAAAAUGGUGUGAUUCAUUCGGAUUUGAAACCAGCCAACUUUCUCAUGGUCAAUGGUCGCCUCAAGUUGAUUGAUUUCGGCAUUGCCAGCAACAUUGCUGUUGACUCCACUAGCAUUAUUAAAUUCUCCCAAGCGGGCACAUUCAACUACAUCAGUCCGGAGGCAUUAACAGAUGUUUCGAGUGGCACAAGUCCCAUGCGUGGUGCCAAUCAGCCCAAGAUAAAGAUAUCAACGAAGUCGGAUGUUUGGUCACUUGGCUGCAUCUUGUAUUUGCUGCUUUAUCAGAAGACGCCUUUUGGUCACAUCAGGAACAUAAAUGCCAAGAUGAGCGCAAUUGCCAAUCCCAGCACAAGCAUCGAGUAUCCAGCUCUACCUAUAUACUAUCCCCUCAUGCUAGUUCAUAUGGUCAAGAAUUGCCUGCAGCUUAAUCCGAAGAAGCGUCCUUCGUGUGUUGAACUGCUUCAAUAUCCAUUCCAUAUGGUAAUACCCUUACAGAAUUUACAGUUGGCAUCCAAACGCUGAGUAAUAAUAAGUUUUCCGAUUGUCUCCAAUACCUAGAGUUAAGAUUUAUACUUUUACAACCUUUUUUUUAUGCACAUUCAAUAAGAAAAAAAAAAACAAAAAUUGUGAAAUAUAAUAAUGCACUGAAUUCUCA